GCCUGCAGGGAAGACUUUCCCAGGUCCUUUGGUGGAUGUUGCAGGCAAGCCCAGCUCCCAUCGCAGGGGUCCUCCGAGGCGAAAGAACAAAGCUACAGGUCACAAGAAACCCCAUGAGCCACUCAAAAUCACGGGACUAAUGGUGAAAGAAUUACUGCAAACCGAACAAGAAGUGGAUGGAGAGGCUGGGCAGAAGGCGGCGUUUCCCGAAGGAAGCAGUGGCUCCAUGACAGACUCUGCUGUAGGACUGGAGGCGAUGACAGGCACAGUCACAGGAGGUUGGGAUCAAGACAUGGAUUAUCUGGGAAAGCUGCUGGAUUAUGGCUUGAGACUCAUGGGAAAUCCUGGAGCUGAACUUGCUGGUGAAGGUGGUGCAGCUUCCCAAGCCACGUCCAGGACGGAGCCUCUGGGAGAUGGUGAGGUGAUGGACCAAACAUCUGUGCAGAAGGAGGCACAUCCUGGAGGAAGCAUAUCCUCAUGGGUAGCCCCUGCUGCAGGAAGGAAGGCGAUGCCAGACACGGGCACAGGCACAGCAGAUGCAGCCAGCACCACAACACGUGUUUGCGAUGCCCAGAAAGGCCUCAGAAGUGUCUUCCAUAUGGGAACAGGCUGCUGGGCAGGGUUAAUGGCAGGCCUGCUUCUGUUGGACCUUGUUCUCAUAUUGUGCUGUGUCAGAAUCUGGUGUAACUGGAAGAAGAAAUGCUGGGACCUCAGCCACCUCCUCUCUCCACAGGAGCACCUCUGGAACUUCACAAGACCAGCCAAAGGCCUCAUUCUGUCCAUCGACUCCUUCUUUGAUGCCCAGUGGUGGAGUUUACUUCCUUACAUCUCACUUGGAGGUCAGGUGCUGCUGUCGUAG